AUGCCAGCUGGCAGCCUGUCUGUCCCAUCUGUGGAGCCUAGGAGAGUGUGCAGUAAUCUCCUGGAGACAGCGGCUCAGCUCGAGCCAGAUUUAAAGGGAUAUGGCCAGCUGGCCGGGCAUGGACAGGUCUGCGAAGGAGGUAGAAGGGCAGGAGAAGGCCACAGCGAUGGAGGGAGGAGCAGGCAGGCCUGGGGCUCUUAUCGCUGUGCCACAGUGGCGUGCCGGUACUCCAGCGCUCUCAAAGCCGCCACAUUCCCUUUGUAUCUGCCUGGAGAAGCCUGUUUACCUUUCACUGGCUUGAUAUUCCUAUUAGAGCCGCUGACUAUUUACUCAGUGCCAUUGCCGCCUCCUCUGCCUCCGACGGGCAAUGGGCUGUCUCUCAUCUCCCCCUCAAUAUGUGGAAAAAGCCAAGCUGGGUUUUGA